CUGUACUAUUGCUAUCACAUCACUCCUCACUUUCCAUUAUGGCAGCCGAAAAACCAGCCCUUAUCCUCCUCGACGUGCAGAAUGGCAUCGUCGAUCGCCUCGAAAACACCGACAGGUAUCUCCAGACGGUCACAUCAGUGACACAGGCGGCCCGAAAUGCCCAAGUGACUCUUAUCCACGUGGUGACUGGUUUCCGGGCAGGCUACCCCGAAUGCCAUCCCCGGAACUCCUCCAUGAGUAAAGUCAAGGAGUGGGGGGUCUUCCGAAACGACCACGAAUCUACCCAGGUCCAUCCCGCUGUGUCACCUGCUAAGGAAGAGCCCAUUGUCACCAAGCAUCGCGUCUCGGCUUUCACUAGCACUGAUCUGGAUCUCAUGCUUCGCUCUAUGAGCAUUACGGAGGUGGUUAUCACAGGCCUCAUCACUAGUGGUGCUGUACUGUCGACGGUUCGCUCGGCUGCGGAUCGGGAUUACAAAGUGACUGUUCUGGAGGAUAUGUGCAUGGAUCGUGAUUCGGAGCUUCACAGCGUGCUGAUGGAAAAGGUAUUUCCACGCCAGGGCCGUGUCAUUAGCUCUGAGGAGUGGUUGAAAGAAGAGAUCAAUAAGUGA